AUGGGUCACCAGCAGCUCCACUGGAACCCUCUGAGAAAAUUAGGCCAGAGUUCUCAUUUUUGCCGCGUCUGCUCAAACCUGCACAGUCUGAUCCGGAAAUACGGGCUCAAUAUGUGCCACCAGUGUUUGCAUCUUUACACGAAGGACACAGGCUUAAUUAAGUUGGACUAA